AUGUUGGCAUCCCGCGUUACCCGAGCCUCGCAAAGGCAGUUCGCAUCACUGAGCAGAAGAAAUAGGGGAGUGGCCUUUGUAUCAAGUGCAUUGCCUUCGGAACGAUCUCAACAACAGCAGCAACAUCAGAGGAAUUAUCCCAAGUUUGUUCCAAAUCACAAUUUCCGGUCUCUCUGGACUCGUCAAUUUUCGGGCACUACUACCGAUACAAGCAACGACGAAAAUGGUAUUUUUGCCAACCCCGAAAUCACAUUUGCAUCCAUGGGUAUUCAAUCACCUGUCUUGUUGGAACGGCUCGAAAAAAUAGGCAUUACCAGACCUACUGCAGUCCAAGCAGCCACCUUUGAGUUGCUAUCUCAGAUACCCGGGAAAAAUGUCACCUUGGGAAGUGAAACGGGAUCAGGCAAGACGUUGGCGUAUCUACUGCCUCUCUUGGACGAUAUUCUCACUCGUAAGAAAGAACAAUCUGCUGAUACUGAUACCAUCCGAGAUUAUGCGUAUGCCAGGGCCAUGAUUCUAGUGCCCAACAAGGAAUUGGUACAACAAGUGGCUCGCAUGGCCAUGGUAUUGAGUGGAGGCAAACAAGCCUUGAUUGGAGGAGGUGUCAGUCUGGAUAAUAAUGCAUUUUCAGAUGAUGCUGCAUCACCAGAAGAAAUUGUUCGAAUUGCCAUUAUGCCUGGAGGCUUGAAAGAACCCAAAGAUUUCCCUCCGUUCCGAAAGGCACUCCUGGGACAAGCAGAACCGAUCGACCUCGUCAUUUCCACACCCGCUGCGGUGGGAGCUCUGGGAUUGUCUCCCAAGAAUAUCAACAUGUUUGCCGAAAUUGCUACGGUGGUCUGCGACGAGGCCGAUAUGCUCUUGGAUGGUGGUUACAUUCGGCCACUGGAGCAAGUCUUGCUAGGAUUCCGACGAGCCGACAAGUUGGAUUUUGCGGCUCAUGGAGUCCCCAAAACGCAGCAUGUCUUUGUGGCAGCCACAUUGCCUGACAUGGGAUUGAGAAGUGUCGAUGCAUACUUGCACAAAAAAUUCCCACAGGCGACCCGGGUGACCAUUGAUGGCAUGCACAAUGCUCGGCACUAUGGUCUGGUCGAACCCACCGUCUGGGUCGAGUUGGAAAGCAAAAAGGAUCGGCUGGAAUACUUUACCAAAUUGCUCGAGGUUGCACCUCAAGAGGGUGGAUUGCAAGGCCAAAAGAUUAUGCUCUUUGUCAAUAGUGUCGAUGACGUGGAAGGUGUUGCCAAGGCUUUCGAGAAGUUGGACAUGGCCGCCUUGCCGUAUCAUGCCAAAAUGUCUUUGGAGGAACGAACCCAAAACCUUGAUCGAUUUCGACGGUACCAGUCGACUUCUACAGGAGACGACGACGGCGACACGGUACCCAUUCUGAUUUGCACCGAUUUGGCCAGCCGUGGAGUCGACAUCCCUGGAGUUAGUGCCAUUGUGCAGUUGCAAUUCGCCGGAAAUGUUGUGGCUCAUCUUCAUCGAAUGGGACGGUGUGGUCGUGCUGGACAGCGAACAGGUCGAGGAGUGGUGUUUUAUAAUGCCAAGGAACGAGAGUUGGUAGAUGUGGUAAAGGAAGCCGAAAAGCUACAAGAGAAAAUAACACUCAAGGGUCAAGACGUGCUGGAGGUGGAGCUGGAUGAGGAGGGUAAUGUGGUCAAAGCCGGGACGGUCAACAAUGCCUUUAGCCGAAAACGAGGGUUCACCAAGAAGAGGAAAAAGCAGCGACGACAGGUGGAGUAUGACAAUGUAAAUCAAUAG